UCACUUUCGGACUUUGGUCGCCAUACAAUGGCUAUGGCCCGUCCCUUCCUCUUAACUUAUAGGGUCGCAACCCUCCGUCGUCUACAGAUAGUCCACUCUUUCCUAUUCUCCUCCGUCUGCCGGCGAGGCCAGCCGUCACCACCAUCAACCUCCUUUUCGCUACCGUCGGAAUCUCCUCCGGCGGCGACAAAAGUCCCCUUCGCCACCUCUGCCCACGGGCGAACCUGGCAGGACCCAUAUCAUUGGAUGCGGAAAACCGCCGACCCGGAUUUCAUCGACCACCUUCGUAGGGAGAACACCUACGCCGCCGAUUUCAUGGUCGACACGGAGCAGCUGCAGCGGACUCUGGUUCGCGAGAUGCGAAGUCGACUCCCCGCCAAGGUUUCUACUCCUCCCGAGCGCUGGGGACCCUGGUUAUAUUACCAGUACAUUCCAAAAGGAAAAGAGUACCCAGUUCUGUGUAGAAGGUCGGAGGCAAGUGAUUCUGGGUUUGUGAGCAAACUGCUCUGUUUUGCGAGUGGACACUCUGAGAGGAAGGAGCAGAUUUUGCUCGACUGGAAUGAAAUUGCUGAGCAAUAUGGCUAUGUUCAUGUGGGGGCAUGCCGAGUUUCGCCAGACCACAAUUUCAUUGCAUAUACAGUUGACGUUAAUGGCAGUGAGCAGUUCUUGCUUCGGAUUAAGGACCUGGGCGAUGGAUCAAUUGUUCAGAGGUCGGAAGUGGAGGGGGUCGUCAGCUUGGCUUGGGCUCGAGAUGGAAGGACUUUGUUUUAUACUGUAUCAGAUGAGAAUCAGAGACCUUACAGGGUUCUAUGCACAGAAGUAGGUUCAGAUGGGACCAAUGACAUGCCAGUUUAUACAGAGAAUGACUCGAGCUUUUGUGUAGACAUAACAAGCACCAAAGAUGGCAAGUUCAUAACCGUAUAUGUGAUUGAUGCAGCUUAUCCUCUCGACGGUUUGGACAGAAUUUGUAAACGUAUGCCUGGGGUUCAGGUUUUUGUUGAGCAUCACUAUGAUUCCUUCUAUAUUCUUACCAAUGCUCCUUUAAGUGAGAACAAGGAAUCCUCAUCAGUCGGGAGUUACUACCUGAUCAUAUGCAAAGUGGAACAUAUACAUUUACCAGAUUUGCAGCAGUGCAUCAUCUUGCCGAGUGAAGAUGUGAGUUUCCAUGAUACGGACAUUUUCAAUCAACAUCUAGUGCUGUCUGUAAGUAAAAGCAGCCUGCCUACGAUGUGUUCCAUUAAGUUGCCCAUACAAGACCUAUCUUCUAGCUUACAGAAGCGAUUGGAUGUUGAAGAUCUCAAUCCCUGGUAUUUUCCUGUACCUACAGAUUUAUGUAGCGUUGCUCCAGGAUCCAACCAUGAUUUUAUGAGCUCAGUUUACCGUGUGGUUCUCUCAUCUCCUGUGAUGCCUGAUGUUAUUGUAGAUUACAACAUGUCAGAACAGACAUUAUCAAUAGUGCACCAAGAGGAAGUAAAAUCAGCUGAUACACAUGAGCAUCUUGUCUCUGAAUGUAGUGAAGUAAAAAAUGACAAUAACUUUAUUGGGGUGGAAAGAUGGGAAGACUUCUCUUCUAAAUAUUGCUGUGAAAGAAAACAAGUCAUAUCCCAUGAUGGCAUUAAGGUUCCUCUAACAAUCAUGUACUCUCGAAAUGCCUGGAAGAAAGGCGAGUCCCCUGGUCUAUUGCAUGGUUAUGGAGCUUAUGGGGAAGCUCUCGAUACAAGUUGGUGCUCUGACCGUCUGAGCUUGCUCGAUAGAGGUUGGGUGAUGGCAUUUGCUGAUGUCAGGGGUGGUGGUGAUUCUUCAUGGCAUGAAUCAGGGACUGGUUUGACCAAACCCAACUCGAUUCAUGACUUCUUGUCCUGUGCCAGCUUCCUAAUUGAUAAAGGGUAUGUACAUAAGGGCCAACUUGGUGCCACAGGUACAAGUGCUGGGGGGCUUCUUGUCGGAGCAGCCAUUAAUAUGAAGACGGAUCUUUUUUGUGCUGCCAUAUUGAAGGUUCCAUUUUUGGAUAUAUGCAACUCACUGAUGGAUCCAAGCUUGUCUCUUACAAUACUGGACUAUGAGGAAUUUGGGAAUCCCCAUAUAGAGAAGCAGUUUGAGUGCAUUCAUAGCUAUUCUCCAUACGAUAACAUUCCACGAGCGGCGUGCCUGCCAUCUGUGCUCGUUACAGCAUCAUACAACGACUCGAGGGUUGGAGUUUGGGAAGCCGCCAAAUGGGUGGCGAAAGUACGAGACACGACCUGCCCCAAUUGUUCUCGUUCUGUCAUUCUGAAGACAAACAUGAGCGGUGGACAUUUUGGCGAAGGUGGCUACUAUGCUCAGUGUGAUGAUACGGCUUACGAAUACGCAUUCCUCAUCAAAGCUUUAGGUGUUAUGACUUAUAAAUAACUGACAAAUUUCUGAUCUCACGACCACCACCUACUCAGUUGCUGAACCCCUGGAAGCUUCGCCUUGAGCAGAAUCUCCAUCUAUUGCUGCUGAUGCAGCGUACAGAUGGAGCAAUGACUCAGCGGUGGAAGAUCAUGGAGUAUACUGCUAGAAUACUGGAAACAACUGUGCAAAUUCUUGUUAGUUGCUGUCUGAUUCAGUUCCAUUGGAGUCUUGAUAUCGAUCACAAGGUUGCGAAACUCUUUACACUUUUUUUUUGGAAACAACUGUGCAAAUUCUUGUUAGUUGCUGUCUGAUUCAGUUCCAUUGGAGUCUUGAUAUCGAUCACUAGGAGGCAAAACUCUUUACACUUUUUUUUUUUUUGGGUGUACAGCUGAAGUUCAAAUUGCAUGAACUGAAACAUUAGCCGAGCCGAGCAAAGGCUCUAUCUAUGGGCGUUCACCAAUGCCAUUUGGUUUAUGUCAAAUGAGUAGGAUCCUUGGUCGUUCGACAAAAAAGCUGAAUUGCCGAUUGGGAAUCGGAUUCCACCAGUACUGGUUUGUGUGGAAGUGUUUGUGCCAAAGAUAAGUCGUAUUGCGUAACGCCUGGCUUGCAACUCGUUCAGUCGAGAAAUCAGCGACCAAGGUGCUUUUUUUUCGUGUAACAAACUAACCAUCCAUAUAGCUCUCAUAUAAUCUAUUAAAUCUUUUUUUUUUUUACUAUCAACCUGUGCUUUAUUUAUAUGGAAAUGAGUCCAUUACAGUCCUGGGCUAAGGUUGGAAGAAGGAAAAAAGGUGGUCUGGUGACCCAAUCUUCUUGGGCUCCCCAGUUACAUGUAGUGUGGGCCAUCGUGUGGGCCGCCGAGUUGGCAUGUUUAUUUGCAAAGGCCCAUCUAACCUUAUCCUCUCCAACUUCGACUGCGAGCUCUUCAAUCUGCUGCACAAUCAGUUCCACCUUCGUUCUUCGUCGUGCUUCAUUUCCAAAUUGCAAGAACAAUCCUUGGCAAUCCAUCUCAAGAAUCACUGGAAGGAGCAGAUGAUGGAUUGCAUAGCGUAGACCAUAGAGCAUCGCCUUGGCCUCUGCUAGCUCCGGUGCUCACUAGUUUCUCUCCCUCGACACAGACGCCAUGAGGAAGACUCCUUCAGCAUUUCUCGCUACCACUCCCAAGCCCGUUCAUUCGUUUUCCAGUACUGUUGCAUCGACGUUAACCUUAUUACACCCUUCCAUCGACGGAGACCAGGUAAUCUGUCCUCCUCUGUUUGCUCCUUCUUCCCUUUCGCUGUGAGAUUCGAAUUCUUCCAGCAAAUCUAGGGCUUUUGUGACAACCUCCCAGUCUUCCAAUUUGUGGUAGUUAAACAUGUGGUUGUUUCUUUCGCUCCAUGGCUUAUAUAGGAUCAUUCCCAAUCUGCUCAACACCUCAUCGUCUACCCUCUCCAUUAUUUCACAUAGUCGGUUGCACUGGAUAAAGUUUCCCCUUAUUCAAAAAGCGGCCUGUAUUCAGUGGGUCUCCAGAUUCGAGUUGCCCAUGAGCAUUCUCUGAAUAUAUGGUUAUGUGUCUCCGCCUGGUUACAGUACGGGCAUUCGAUUGGAGCAUCCUUCUUCAUGCCCUCAAUGUUCUUUCCUGUUGGCAAAAUGUCGUGGGCAAAUCGCCACAGAAAGGUCUUGACUUUUGGGGGAAUGUUCAACGCCCAAAGCCGAUUCCAAUUCAUAGGAUCGUAGAUUUCCCCUAUCCCCUCUUCCAACUCUUCCCCUAUCUCUUCAUUUUUCCUGAGUGCACACCCGAAUUUGUAGGUUGAUUGGACCGUGUAGACUCCUGGCUUCUCUUGACUCCAGAUCCUUCUGUCAUCUGGUGGUUGUCUAGGAAUAGGAAUUCCCUCAAUUCGAUUACGAUAUGUGACAUUGAAAUGACGCUGCAGCAAUGAUCUUUUCCACGUCCUAGUGUCAUAAUCAAUGAGGUCUCACCUG